AACUUGAUCGCGAAAAUUAGCAAAACAACAUAAUUACAAAAACGACAUAAGAAGCCUUGACUGAGUCAACACCCCCACAGCGCCUCCGGUGGCCACUCCGAAAAAACACACACAAUACAGUGCAAAAAUUAGACGGAAAAAACUCGUAUCCAUGCGGGAAGAAACCAAAUCUAUCGAUUACGCCAUGGAAGCGGCGUCCGGUCCUCACUUUUCUGGCCUCCGUCUCGAUGUUCUCCGAUCAUCUCCCUCUUCUUCGCCUCGUUCCAAUCCAAUUCAAGCCAUUUCUUCUUCCACUACUUCCUUGCCUACUUCACAGCCCUUCAUUAUUGGAGUUUCUGGUGGUACGGCUUCCGGCAAAACAACUGUGUGUGAUAUGAUUAUCCAACAGCUACAUGAUCAUCGAGUCGUGCUCGUUAAUCAGGACUCUUUUUACCGUGGCUUGACACCAGAAGAAUCAAAACGUGUGCACGAGUAUAAUUUUGAUCAUCCAGAUGCAUUUGACACAGAGCAGCUUUUAGAGUGUGUUGAGAAGCUCAAACUUGGACAGUCUGUACAUGUUCCGAUAUAUGACUUUAAGAUACAUCGCAAGUCUGAAGAUUCUUUCCGGCAGGUAAAUGUGUCAGAUGUAAUUAUAUUGGAAGGGAUAUUGGUAUUCCAUGACCAGCGUGUUCGUAACUUGAUGAAUAUGAAGAUUUUUGUUGACACAGAUGCUGAUGUGAGGCUUGCUCGUAGAAUACGGCGGGACACUGUUGAGAGGGGUAGGGAUGUUAACUCUGUUCUUGAACAGUAUGCAAAAUUUGUGAAGCCUGCUUUUGAUGAUUUUAUUCUGCCAUCAAAAAAGUACGCUGAUGUAAUUAUUCCCCGUGGAGGUGAUAACCAUGUUGCGAUUGAUUUGAUUGUUCAACAUAUCCACACAAAGCUUGGACAGCAUGAACUGUGCAAAAUUUAUCCCAAUGUAUAUGUUAUUCAGUCAACAUUCCAGAUUAGAGGCAUGCAUACCCUGAUUCGGGAUCAGGAGAUAUCAACCACUGAUUUUGUAUUCUACUCAGAUCGGCUUAUACGCCUGGUUGUGGAGCAUGGCCUUGGUCACUUACCCUUUACCGAGAAACAAGUGGUCACUCCCACUGGCUCAGUAUAUACUGGAGUUGAUUUUUGCAAAAAAUUAUGCGGAGUCUCGAUUGUUAGAAGUGGUGAAAGCAUGGAGAAUGCUGUGCGUGCUUGUUGCAAAGGAAUAAAGAUUGGGAAAAUUCUAAUCCAUCGUGAUGGUGAUAACGGGAAACAGCUUAUAUAUGAAAAACUUCCAAAAGAUAUUUCAGAACGACAUGUCCUGCUCUUGGAUCCAGUUCUUGCUACCGGCAAUUCGGCUAACCAGGCAAUUGAACUACUCAUACAGAAAGGAGUUCCAGAGUCCCACAUUAUAUUUCUUAACCUCAUUUCGGCCCCAGAAGGAAUACAUUGUGUCAGCAAACGGUUUCCAGCUCUUAAAAUUGUCACUUCAGAGAUUGAUGUAGCAUUGAAUGAAGAGUUUCGUGUGAUACCAGGCAUGGGAGAGUUCGGAGAUCGUUACUUCGGUACUGAUGAUUGAUUUAUCAAAAGAGUGACUAACAUUGAUGGUCUUGGUUUUAAUGUUUGGAGAAAGUUACGAACGGAGAUCAACUCAUGCACAUAUGUGAUAUUGUGUUCUUGUGUUCGAUUAUAACUUAUUUUGGAGUAAUGAGCUCCAGAUAUGCUUAUUGUUUGAUUUUCAUUGCUCCAUUUUCAGUGCAUGACCAAUUGGCGCAUUGAUACAUUUUCAACCAAUUGAUGCACUGAUCCAUUUUCAAGGAAGCUUAACAAAAGUUUGAGCAGAUUUUGGCUUGUA